AUGAAGUCCCUUUCAACGCUGUCUGCGCUAAUAGCAGGCUCUACUCUUGCCGCAGCCCAGUCAGCUUCCAACAACUCACUGGUUCCGCUGGUUUUCAAGCCUUUGCCACUUGGAUCGAUAUCGCCUUCAGGAUGGCUUCGGGAUCAGAUGCAACUCAUGGCCGACGGGCUCGCAGGACAUGAACAUGACUUUUACCAAUUCGUCGCACAUUCGUCUUGGCUGGGUGGAGACCAGGAAUACUCAGGCCUCAACGAAGGCUUCCCAUAUUGGUUCAACGGACUUGUGCCUUUGGCUUACGGGCUCAACGACAGUCGGUUGAUCGGCCAGGUAACCAGUGCUGCGCAGACUGUCUUCGAUCGACAAGCGGACGAUGGAUGGCUCGGCCCAGAGAAUGUCACCUCCCGUAACUUCUGGGCUCGAUAUCCGUUCUUCCUUGGUCUUACGCAGCUUGCUGAAGCGGACAGCUCUUGGACGGACAAAGUCGUCUCGCAUUUGCAGACAUUCAACACGUUGAUGGACAGCAUGAUGCGGGACAACUACACGGGCUACCAAUAUCACGACGGUGAUACGCUGGGCUCUGGUGAUUUUGAUUGGGGACAGGUCCGAAGUGCUGAUAUGGUACUUACGCUGCAGUGGAUGUAUGAGAACCAUCCAGGCAACCAGAGCCAGCUCCUUCUUGACAACAUGAAGUACUUCCACGAUGGAGGGAAGAACUGGGAGGAUUGGUAUACGCAAGAGUCGUACCUCGAUCGGGGAUUUGACAAAGAUCUCAAUACUCUGCCGGAUUCGUUGACGAGUCCUAACUAUGCGUAUGAGCAUGGCGUGAAUGUUGGGCAAGGUCUCAAGGCUCCAGCAGUAUACCGACGCUGGAACCACGACGACUCCUUCAUUCAGAUCGCAAUGAACGGCGUGAACUGGACAAUGGAAUACCACGGCGCAGCAUCCGGCACAGUCCUCGCCGACGAGCGUCUCGUCGGUCUAGCCCCCUACAGCGGCAGCGAACUCUGCACAGCAGUCGAAGCGAUGUUCUCCCUAUCCUACCUCUACCAAGCGCUCGGCACAAAUUACUACGCUGACCGAGCAGAACUCACAGCCUUCAACGCCCUCCCCGUGAUGCUGACACCUGACUGGUGGGCACACCAAUACAUGGCACAACCAAACCAACCCUACGCCGAGAAUCUCACAGCAACGCCCUUCUACAACACCAACAGCUGGGGCCAGACGUUCGGCCUCGAGCCCAAUUACCCCUGCUGCACAGUCAACCACCCACAAGGCUGGCCCAAGUUCGCUUCCGCCAGCUACGUCCAAGCCGGCGAUAACGGCCUCGCCCACGCAUUGCUCAGUCCAGGCAAAGCCACCGCGAACCUGAAGAGCGGGCAAGUCACCGUCGACUGCACAACGGCAUACCCGUUCCUCGACACCCUCCAAUACACCAUCACCGCCGCUUCCCCCUUCGACUUCUACGUCCGCGUCCCGCAAUGGGCAACAUCCAACUCGACCAUCACCCUCGGAACCUCCCAACCCUCCCCCCUCACCCCCGACCCCUCAACAGGCAUGCACAAGCUCUCCAUUCCCCAAGGAACGACCACCCUCACCUACACCCUCACCUCCGAAAUCACCACCACCCCGCGCGAAAACGACACAAUAGCAAUCUACAAAGGCGCCCUCCUCUACGCCCUCGAAAUCCCUUCCUCCAACACCUCCACCUCGCCGCCCAAAUUCCCCGACGGAAAUUCCCAGCAUCCUGCAGGCUACGCCCCGGCGCAGAGCAAAGACUACGAGUACCACAACGAGUCGGCGUGGAAUUUCGCGGUGGAUCCCUCGACACUCUCUUAUCACGGGCCGGAUGGGGGCGAUUCGGCUACGUAUGAGUUGCAGAAUCCGAUUUUCGCGGAGGGGGCCACGCCCGGGUGGAUUGAGGUCAAAGGGUGUACGAUUGAUUGGGGUCUGUAUAAGGGGAGUACGCCGGAUUAUCCGCCUGCGAAGGAGGGGAGGAAGUGCACGGGGGAGGCGAGGACGUUGAGGUUGGUGCCUUAUGCGAGUGCGAAGACGCAUAUGGCGGAGUUGGCGACGAUUAGUUUGUAG